AUGUGGAAUGAUCUUCGUGAUCGCUUUUCUCAGCAGAAUGGCCCAAGGAUCUUCCAAAUUCAGAAGGCAAUUUCUGCAAUUACUCAGGAGAAUCAAUCGGAGUAUAUUCUUCAGUUCCUCAUGGGAUUGAAUGACUCCUUUUCUCAUGUAAGAGGCCAAAUACUGUUAAUGGAUCCACUUCCACCUAUUAACAAGGUGUUCUCCUUGCUUGUUCAAGAUGAACGCCAAAGGAUGAUUUUUGGUUCGAUUGAUUCCAUGUUUCAUAAUACUACUGCCAUGAUGGUUAAUAAUGUCAAGGUUGCUUCUUCAUCUUCCAAUUCUUCUCCUGCUUAUGCGAGUACUCGAUUUGGUAAAUCGAAUGUCAUCCGCAAGGAUAGACCUACAUGCACUCACUGUGGUGUAUAUGGACAUACUGUUGAAAAGUGUUACAGACUACACGGUUUCCCACCUGGUUUCAAAUUUACCAAAGGGAGACCUGCUGCCAAUCACUCUGUUCAUCAAGUUUCUGAUCUUGAGUCAUCCCGCAACUUGUCAACCAAUCUGCCUGCAAGUUUGCCAAUCAUCCAGGAGCAAAUUCAGCAAUUGCUUGCUUUGCUGCAGCCAAAGUCUGAUAUGGCUCCACCAGUCAUUCAAGCAGGUGAACAUCAGAGUCACCUAGUGUCUCAGAUGUCAGGUACCUUCUUUCCAAUUCAAUCUCCGCACUCUGUUUUCUCAUCCAUUUCAUCUUUUCAAGUUGCCUCCCAAUUUGAAAACAAUCCAUGGAUUAUAGAUACAGGUGCUACUGACCAUAUGCACCUGUUGACUUGGAGAAUGAUUGGAGUGGGUAAAGAACAUGAAGGCUUGUUCUAUUUGGUCAAUAAACCAGUACAACCUGCAUCAAGCACUUCAAUUCCUGUCGUUAGUCUUUCUGUUAAGAAUGUUUCUUCAGAUGUAUGGCAUUACCGUUUAGGUCAUUUGUCUUCUUCACGCCUUAAGCUUCUAAGUCAAUUAGAUUCUAGCAUAUCUGUUGACUCCAAUAAGUGUUGUACUAUUUAA